AUGGUUAACUACAUAACAAGAGGGACGGUAUCUGUGGCACAGCCUGAUGGACUGGUCAGCUAUGAGGUCCGUGAAAUCGUCGUAACGGCAAAUAUCUUGUUUGGGGAAAUUGUCGGCUUGCUGGGGAUAGUAGCCAACGUGAUCAAUGUUGUCGUCUUCAGCAAAAUUAGAUUUAGCGAUACCGUCAACCUCAGCCUAGCAGCACUGGCUAUAAGUGACAUCGGCGCCCUGGUCACGCUUCAGUGGUUCAAUGUGCUUCUCAACCCAUGGUUCCUCCAGUUGGACCUCCCGUUUCUGCCACUGGAAAUUGCAAGCUUGACUGCAGGCUACCCCCACAACUAUUUCGUCAAAGUGACCGGUUUUAUUACUGCCUUCGUUGCCUUUGAGAGAUGCCUUUGUGUGACCUUGCCCUUCAAGGUUAAAACCCUGAUAACUAAAAGGUUUGCGAUCGGUUUCAACGUGGCAGUUUUCUUUGCCAUCGCGCUGACCAUGUUCCCCGUCUACUACACUGCCUACUACGACUGGAAAUUCGACGCCAAGAAAAAUAAAACCGUUCUGGGAAUCUUCUACACUAAAAACAUCAACGACGUCCUUGGCCCGUCCCUCUUUCUCACUAACUCCGUGGUUCCUUUGGUAUCCUUCGCUAUUAUCAUUCUCUGUAAUAUCGUCAUUGCCUUCAGGCUUAAACGAGCAGCGGCCUGGCGCCAGAUGUCCACGAGUGCAUCCAAUACAGCUGCAGCAGCCGCGGUAUCAUUAAAAGAAAAGAAAAUGGUCAAGAUGAUCGUGACUGUGUCUGUGAUUUUCAUCAUCUGCUUCAUCCCGUCGUCUGCAAUGCUUACUGCUAGAGCCCUAAUGCCCGAGCUCAGUAUCACCGGAGUAUAUUCCAACAUCAACGCAAUGGUAGCGACCUACGCUAUGGAGAUGGAGACAGUCAACUCCAGUAUCACUAUUGUAGUCUAUUACCGCAUGAGCAGCAAGUACAAGGAGACACUUCUUCUUAUGUUUGGAUGGCAAAACAACAAACAGAAAAAGCAAAGCGAAUCGCAAAGCCUGUUUCCUAAGACGAAACCGAAUGAUUGA